AUGAGCGGCCAUGGAAGGGUGAACUGGUUUUAUGGAGCAUAUGAGGAGGAUGGAAGAGUUUUGACCCAUGGUAGACGAACUGAAAUUGUAUUAGAAGAUGAUGUAACUGGUUACAAGUUUGUGAUUAGUGACGAGGAGUGGAGAGAAUCCACUAAGGAACUAAUGGGAAUAAUGUUGAGAGCCCUUGAUUAUGUGAGGGGGGUUGUAUCUGAAUCUCUUGCCACUUGUUUGGAAAAGGAGAGACGAUGUGUGGGAUUUGAGAACGCGACGGGGCUUAAAAAAAAGUCCACUGCUAAACUUCAGGACUCCAGAACGGUGAGGAAGAUUGUGAAUUUGGAUGAUCACAUUGCAUUGGCAUGUCCUGGGCUCAAAGCUAAUGCUCGUGUCUUGAUAAACAAGGUGAGAAUUGAAUGUCAAAGCCACCAACUUACGGUUGAGGAUCUAGUAACUGUUGAGUAUAUUACUUGCUACAUUGCUGGUCUUCAACAGAAGUAUACACAAAGUGGGUGUGUUAGAUCGUUUGGGCUUUCAACUUUGAUUAUUGGCUUUGACCCAUACACAGGUGCACCGACACUAUAUCAGACAGAUCCUUCUGGGACAUUUUCAACCUGGAAAGCAAAUGGCACUGGAAGAAACUCUAACUCAUUACGUGAGUUUCCUGAGAAAAACUACAAGGAGACAACUAGGCAACAAACUGUCAAGCUCGCCCUUAGUGCUUUGCUUGAGGUAAGUAAUAGCAAACGAUGCAUAUUUAAUCUAGUUUCAUAA